AAUUUUUAGAAUUACCCGAGAAACUAGCCUUAUACAAUAAAAUAGAAAUAAAAAUAUCAGUAUUUAUGAAUAAUGGAAUGUUUAUGCAUAACAACUAGUUAUUAGAUAUGGCUUGGAAUUACGUGAAUAGUGUUUUGGCAUUGAUAGGUGCGUGCUUCAGUGAACGCGCGGAAAAGCACCUCUAUAGCAACCACAGCCGGCGACUUGCAGUAGACUAUGUGCCAAAUACUCAAUAAGAAAUUGAAAAAUCAGCAGAAUGAUUUCACUAAUAUAGGUGAAAACGUAAGUAAAGUAAUGAUUAACUGAUAACCUAUUUAUAGUUUGCGAAUAGUUGAUACUUUAAACACAUUAUGUUUUGUUCAAUUUCGAUGCUGAUGGCGAAACUUGGCACAUUUUAGAGGGUCGGCUAGCCGCAGCAGGCAGCAGCAAGAAUGAAGCCAUGGAGUCUUUUGGAUGUUUAGUAUGAGCUUGGCACUCGCGUGGUGACUGUGUGCAAUAAUGAUCUGUUGAUUAGAACUUCGUCUGGGAUGGCUUGCAUCCCAAUGAGUUAACUAUGGCAACACAUGAAAAUCGUUCUGACAUCAAGCUAGUAUUGAAAAGCUAUCAAAAUUCUGCUGUGAAAGGCUUGCACGGGCCAAGUCCAUUUAUGAAUUCAGAGAGCGAGAAAAGAAAUAAGAAAACAGACCUACGAGAUUCUAACUCAAUAAAAGUUCUUGGUUACAAGAAAGUUCUACAACGUGAAGCAUUGCUGAGUUUCCAACAGCAAACUUCCAACACCUGUGAAAAAUCUACUCCGAAACAAAGUUGUGAGGAAACAUUUCCAAAAUCAUGUAUGACAAUCAGUGUAAACCGCUCUUUCCUGCAUUCACAACAGACCGAUUGUGGAGAUGAUGGCAAUUUGAAAUCCCAAAACCGGGUCUUGAAUCGUCCGAAUUUGCCGGGUGAUACUCGCCAGUGCCAUGGUUUCGAAUCGUUCGAUGCCGAUAGCGUAACUGCGGUUACAGACGGCGGCAAGAAGAUUGAGGAUGACCUUGAAAAAUGUCGUCCCGGGAUCGUGUCCAACGGCAAAGGCAAUUCCUAUCCCUACAAUUACUGUAACGAAGAGGAAAAGUCUUUAGAUAAACGAGCAAUUGCAUCAGCUGCACUUUUGCAGUUCCAUUACCAGAAGGAACCUUAUGACGAUCUCUCUCAUGAUGCCGUCAUCACUCGCUCGUCUCGAGCAUCUCCUAACUCUUACAGUGGAGGAUGGGCCGAAGUUGGUGUGUUUACUCCACCUUCUCCAUUCUCUCCAACUUCUUACUCCUCUCCUCCGCAUGCUCCUUUCCCUUUUGUUAUGGGCAAUGCUGAUGUUUGUGGGGGGAAGAGCGAAGCACUUCUUCUGGACCAUAAAGUGGCAUGCUUCAUUGUCGGCGGCGAGCGCAGGCUUUGCUUCCCUCAAGUGCUAUGCACUGCCCUGCGAGAAUUUUCUAUGGCGCAAAUUAAUGCUGAGUUGCAAUCUUUACAUAUUUACUUGUCUCUUUGUUCAACGCGACAACUGCAAGUGUUGAAAGACGCAUGCGCUCUGCCUCAUCACGUCACGUCGUGCGGACUCAUCACGUACUCAGAUGCUCAUCGUUUAACUCAUGCUCUUGUACACGCCAAUGCUCCGCAGCUAGACCCUCCCAAGACAGUAACCUUACCUUAUAAUUCUUCUUCUCACCAGUUCGUCACGAAUCUUAAACCAUCUCAACACACUCCAGUCAACAGCCACUCAACUAAUCAGCUCACACCCAAUAUCAUCGUCUCUCAUCGAUGUUUUGGCAAGUGUCGAGGUUGGGUUUACCUCUGUCUCUACGACAGCCCUGAUGCCAAGUGCAUUCAGUGCUGUGAAUGCAGGUCUUUCUACUCUCCCGAGGAGUUUGUAUGUCACGCCCAUCGGUCACUAGAGACACGCACCUGUCAUUGGGGAUUUGAUCCCUCCAACUGGCGGGUGUAUUUGCAGCUGGCAAGUGACCAACCUCUGCAGCCCGCGCCUCCCAGCAACACAGCCCCCAUUCUUCCCGAAACUUUCCUAGAGAAAUUCAAAAGCCAAUUUUCUCCCAACGGGAUUGGCAUCGCCCGCCCUAGACAGACGAACGAAUGUGAUCUCGGUCAUGGAGUACGGCCGUUGGACGAAACACCACACAUUGCGCAUCGCCUUCACUCAGAUGGCAGUGAGACAAGAGACCGUAAUAACGAUGUUCGUUCUGAUUGCGAAGAGGAAAGUAGUCGUGACUGCGUCACCAUCAUCGAUGAACGGCUGCCUGGCGGCGGUGGAGCGAACAGCUCAUUUGAUGGCGAACUGGGGCGACUUGCAACUCUCUCCGUCCCAUCCAAAUCUGGCAAAAGUUUUGCGCCUCCUCCUGCUGCCCUCGUGCGAGAAAGCAUGCCUGCUCCUCUGCCUCCUAACCUGAGGAGUAAGGGACCUCCCAUGCUAGUCGAUCCCGCUCUGGUGGUGCCGUUAUCCCAGUAUGACAAAUUCCGUCACUAUCAACCCAAUAUCACGCUUGCCAUUCCGAAACACAGAGAAACUGAAUCAGCCAGAGAAAACUCUUUUUGCGAAGUCCCCCUCAAAAUCACAGACAAAUUCGGUGCUUGCGAUGUCAAAGAAGUUAAGGCGAAAGAUCGACAUCCUGAACAUUCAGAGGUAGUCUCCUCAAACACUCUGUGGGAUUCUUCAGAAAAACGAGCCUUGCCGAACUUAAAACUCUUGAAUGCACAUGCGGCAAGUAAGAGCUACGCUAUUUCACUCCCUGAAGGAUGCAAACUGUCUGAAGAAACGCACUACAGAGCAAUUAAUGAGCAAAUAAUGCCUGUUAUUAAGGAUAUUUCCAGUGGCCCGGCUGAGAGGGACGUGAAUAAUGGUAAACAAUAUUUUACUCCACAAGAUCUUGGCUUGUUGUCUAUGAGUGGAGCUUCAGUACCUAGAGAUCUUCAAAUUAUUAAACUGGAUUCGACGUACAAUGGCGACGGACGUUCAUUGCGUGAUGUGCGAGGCACUGUUUCUUCUCCUACUGAUCUCAAAAUCUUCAAACUCGCUCCGCCGAUGCAACAAAGAAAUGAACCAUGGGAAUUUCACGAUAAAAGAAAGACUGAAUAUUUCCUGGCAGCACCAAACAUCAACAUUAAAGAAGAAAAUAUCACAGACCAAGAAAGUGAAUCUUCUUGUGGUAGAAGAUUUUGGGAAAAUGUUCACCAAUCAGCUCGCCAAGUUCAUCUGCUGGCUCAAGACGACACAAGUGCUGACGAAAACAUCCGACUUCGUGAAGCUGCUAGGAGUUACGUCGGAUCAUCCAAGGCCAGCGUCAGACGUUUGGACUGCACUACGCCCGGUGAAGGGGGCGUCUGCAACCAACCUGCCCUGCCACGCGGUAUUAAGUCUGAAGUCACCACCAACUCGGAUGCAGCUGAGAAAAAACAAAUCGUAGAUGAGAUUGAAAAUAUCUUGAAGCGGUGGUCGGACAAGCAAUCGGUUUCUCGGAUUCUCUCAUUGGUUCAACGUCUGGUUAUCGAUGAAGAACUUGGUGAAGGAGAUCAAAACGCGCCCGUCAUCUAUCCAACAGCGACUAAAUCAUCGACUUCGAAGGGGCAUCCUGAAAUCAAAUGCGUUGUUCCUCAUUCACAACAUGAAAAAGGGCUUCUCACCGACAAACUUUCCGCAAAUUCUCCUGGUUCCUGUGCUAGCAAUGAAGUGACCAUCGCAGGGAUUUGUAGUCGAUCUGAAGCUGAAUCCGUGGUACAUUUCGAGUCUAAUGAGAAUCUGGAGAAUAACCCGGACUCCAAUGAUAAGCGGUUAUCAAGAAAUGUGUGUGUUCGUUCUUGUGGUAAUGACGGCGUUAAUGAAAUUGUAAUUGAUCUCAAAAAACCAAAAACUGCUGUUAAGAGUCAGUCGUUUACUUGUGAUAACGAAACGAAGGAUGAGAUGAGCAACAGCAGCGUUACUUCAACUGCCGAGGAUAGCUCAACAAGCGCACCGCCAGCUAUCAAGCUUUUAGUAAAAGAAGUCGACACUAUUAACGCAGAACCAGCUAACAAUGCAAGUGCCAAAACUCCGGUGGAAACUUUGGAUAACGGAAGUAACCAACGACGUAAUUUUAACGGAAGCCAAGGUAGCAAGUCGCUGUCAUCACCAAGCCAUUCGAGUGAGAAGAAAUUAACAGUGAAUGCUGCGUACAAACGCCAUCAUCAAGAUGAAAAGACACAUGAGGCGCUGUCUCCCAAAUUACAGACCUGCAUCUACUCUUCGGAUACGGAGAUGACGCAACUGAAGAGGGAAUUACAUUGUGUCAAGAAGCAGAAAACACUACGUAUUCACGAAGCGCUCUCAGCUCCGGAAAGGAAAGGCAAUAACGGUAAAUCAUCUUCCAACAUUCCCGAGCAUGAAGAUCAACAACAGCUCUCUAAAUCAAGGGACUCAGUGGAGUCACCAAUGCAAAAGGCUCCGUCAAAAAUUAUCGAUGAUUUGCAAUAUGAUGGAGAUUCGAAAAAAAGUCUUUCAAAAACUAGGGAAAUAGGAGAGAAGCUUUCUGUUAGCAAUUUUUUGAUACCUGUUUCCACAGUUUUUGAAGCAGAACACGCCUAUCCGAAUCCUGAUGUUGCUCGAAAAGAUAGUUUUUCUUCAGACGAACACAAGAAGAAAAAGCGAUCUGAAUAUCGUCCUUCUGAAGAACGAAGCAAAGUUAUUCGAGAUUUCUCAGUGCAGGAAGAUAACAAGUCGAUUCGUCCUAAACUUUCUGAUUGUUAUAAAAAAGAUGACGUAGAUGUAAAAAAUGCCCAUGGUUCUAUAAUUAAAGCUGGUGCAGAAAUGCUAAGUGAAGAGCAACAGGACUGAAAGCAAACGUCAACGACAAAGCUCAGAACCAUGAUCGGAUUUUCUCUUGGAUAGAAUGUGUUCGAUGUUAGUGGUUGAAAUUUUCAUAAUUAUUAAAGGGGAUGUUACAAGUUUUUUCUCUUGUGAAGAACCUCAGUGCUUAUUCUUCCCAAGUCUCUUGUUAGGAAAUGAAGUAUUUAUUAAAUACAAAUUACAUGUGUCGCUUUUGUUGGAAUUGUGCUCGCACCACCAGACACUGUCUGACUGGUCAUUGUAUCAAAGCUUAUCAUAGAUUGAAAUUGCCAGCUUUAAACACUGCCAAAAUUAUCUGCACUUCCAGCUAGAUGCGCAAGCGUGACUUGUCGUUCGCUGCUGAAGUCAAAAGUAAUUCCCGCUUCUCUCAGAAUUAACUUCUUUUGAUUUUAUCUGGACAGUUUGAUAUAUUUUCUCUCUUGUGUGCUAUACAAGUGUCACGUUUACAAGGGCGAAUAUUAAUCUGGGCGUUUCUAUUGUAAAUUCAAUUGUCUUUCAUAGUAAUUUGAGUUAUAGGUGUUUUGUUGAUUAAGAAUGUAAUGAGUUUCUUUUGUGAUAUUAAGCUAGGACAAUUGUAGCUUGUACCAAUUUGAAUGUUAUUCUAAAGUUUAAUUGUAAAGUGUUAAGUUUGUAAGCUUAGUUAUUUAGUUAGAGGAUUAAUUUGAAAGAAAUGAGAUGAACUCAUCCAAUCGCAGAAGUCACGAUGUGCUGGGAAACUAAUAAAAAAAAAGGCUUCUGUGCACCGUUCAUUUUGAACAUUCAAUGUACUUUCUUGUGUUGCCAACUUACUGUUUAUCUUUGCACUGCAGGAACCAUUUUAAAAACUUUAUUGUUUUGUAAUUUCGUUGAAAAUGGAUGUGCUUAAGGCACAGUGCAUCAAUAACUACAACCUGCCAUUGCUCUGUGCCUCGAGAAUCACGGAGCUUAUAAGUGGUUGCCAUUUAAUGCGUGCUUGGCGCGACUUAUUCGUGGUUACCUAGUUUCAUAUGAGAUGCGAACUUGACUUAAUUUAGUUGAUCAUUAGGUUAGAAAUGCUAACUUGUUUGUUGCAAUUCAUUUUUGUUCUUAUCGAAGCAGAGAGCACCGUUGUUUCUUAAUUAAAUAAUGUUUCGAAACCAAUUUCUGUUGAUCUAUGGAUAUAUUGAACGAAAUCACAGUUUAACUCUUCAACUAUUAUUAUUCGAGAUAAUUGCCUGGGCUUAAUUGCCUUUAGGUUCAAUGAGAGUUUUUUCUAAAAGCAUUCGACUUGGGGCAAUUUUCAGUCUAGGUGAAUGGGAUUAAUUUUUCUUGGCGGUUUUUCAUUUCUUCCAGCUAAUAUUGGCUGUUCGAACGUCUUGUAUACGUCGACACUUGAUUAUAUUCUCAAGUCGCCUCUUGUGUUCAAUUUAGCCAGUAAAUGUGUUCAGUAAAUUUAUUGUUUCAUGGUGACUUCUCUUAAUUGUAUGUCUUGGGUUGUAUUCUCAUUGCAUUCUAAUGAAAUAUUAUGGAUGUAUCUUUGUAGAGAAUUGUGUCAUGCAGAAGCUGAAUUUUGGAAGAUUCAUUUUUAUAUUGCUGCUAAAUAUUCUGUGCAAAAUACAAUACGAGUUUUUUCUUAGAUAACGUGCAAUUGUGAUUAAUCAAUGGCGUUAUUAACUCCUCAGUGCAGCACGCAACUUCAUAGUGUCUAUAACUUGCCUCAUUGCUUGUUUGCUUAAGUAGGGUUCAACAAUUAGGUCUUAAUUACCCUUCUGUCCAAGGUCGGCCUUCACUACAAUUGGUAUUUUAGGAAAUAUAAUAGAUAUAAAUUAAAUUAUAUGAUAUUGGCACACAUAGUAAGAAGAUGCUUCAAAAGUUAUAAAAAUUGUUGAAGCUCUAUGAGCUUGAACGGCUGUGCAGUGGAAAUAAAUAUUAUAGAGUGAUUUCCUCCUAUCUGUGUUGCUGAAUUUGCAGUUAUAAAAGUGAUCCGUCGCAACCUUUAUUGUAUUGACGUAAAAAGGCUUAAAAUGAUAGGGGUCACAUUCACAGGUUAUGAAUAAGCUAAUAUUCUGUUGCACUUCUUUUAUCCAUCUGCAAUUUGUUACUCGUUUUCAAAUUUUAUUCCCGUGUAUAUAAAGUUGGAAUGUUGCAAUUUCUUCAUCCACAAGAAACUGGUCGUGAAAUACGAAUGCUUUGACUGUCACGAAGUUCUUUUCAAAGAAGUCUCUCUUUUUACAAUAAUUUAUAAUGAGGAUUGAACGAUCUUAUUGAUACAUAUGGACUUGGCGGUUUGAUACAAAAUUACGUAAUGUGAAGCGCGGUGGAUGUUGAAUAAUUGAAAGUUGUACAUAAUGUAGUACAUGUAAGAUUAGUUGCAAAAUGACUCUUGAAAUAUUUAGGCAAAAAUAUUUAAUGCUGCAGAACUUAGUUUCGAUAGUUAAUAGUGUGCGAUAUUCUGAUAUCCAGAAUUUUCGUACUGGCCAACUUGAAAUUUCUUGGAUAUAUUCGGGCUAAUGCAGGUGUUGUGAUUUAAUUUAUAUUAUUGUUCGCGAAUGUUGGCUACCAGUAAUUGUUACACUUUGCGACGCAUUCGUUCAUUAAUUGUAAGCUUCUUGGCCUGUUUUCUAUCGACUUUCUGGUUCCAUGCUUUAUAACCUCGGUACUUCAAUGCUUUACCUUAGCAGCUCCGCGCAUCACUUCACAUCAGACGUUGUGCGCGGUAUGAAAUUUACCAUCGUAAGUGCCAAUCACUACCGAACUAUUAUAAAGAAGAUUGAUCAACUUUGCCAAGUCGUAAUUAGAGCAAUAAGAUUGAACAGGCGCACUGCCAUACGAUGGAUUUAGGUCUGUGGUUCUCUACUCUGUCAUAAUCUGGUGAAAUUUUAAAUUAAAUUCCUCUGUUGGAAAUCUUAGUCGACCCGUUCAAGCUAAUUAUGUUCUUCAAAUACGAUCAACUUCCACUUGUAAAACAUCUACUUAAAAACCGUGGAAGGCAUUAAUUGGCAUCACAAUCUACUCAAUUCCUUAUAGCGUCAAUCUGUGCUUUUUUAUAUUGGAAUUCUUCACAUUGAACGUUGUGAAAGUAACGUGCAAUGGUCAAGUAGGAAAUUGUAACACUAUAAUAUAUGUAGGAUGUACAGAUAUUUUGAAGAAAAACUUACAAUUCGUU